CCCAACCAACUAACCCUCGCCUGGCACCCGUUCCCCUCACGGCCACCGGCCUGGCUCCCGCGCCACCCCGCCGCCAGCCCUCCCUCCACGCCGGGCCGCCACAGCUCGCCGCCAUUGCCCCCGCCCCGCCGGCCGGACCCCGCCCCGCCCGCCGCCCGUCCGCCCGCCCCCGCGGCGCCGCUGCAGCCCCCAGCGCCCAUAUAGGCUGCUCCGCCGCGCUUCCCCGCGCCGCCGCCGCCGCCUCCUCCAGGCAUGGCACAGGGCUCUACCUCACUAUGGCGGCAGCAGCAGCGCGGCACAGCACCCUGGACUUCCUGCUCGGCGCCACAGCUGAUUGCAAUGCUGUUCUUAAAGCUCUACAGCCCAUUUUUCAGGAGCAGGGAAUGACAGAAACAGUUCAUAACUGGGAAGACCAUGGUUAUUUAGCAACCUACAUCAAAAAAAAUGGCAGUUUUGCCAAUUUGAGAAUUCACCCUCAUGGAUUAGUGUUGGUGGAUCUGCAGAGCUACAAUGAUCAUACGAAAGGAAGAGAGGAAGUCGAUCAGCUUCUAAACAAAGUAGAAGAAAGAAUGAAAGAAUUGUUUCAUGGUAAUAUAAAAAGGGUGAAACGAUUGCCAGCCAUUUUGAGAGGGGGUGUUAUUGAUAGAUACUGGCCCACAGCUGAUGGGCGCCUGGUGGAGUACGACAUAGAUGAAGUUGUUUAUGAUGAAGAUUCACCUUUUCAGAAUAUUAAAAUUCUGCAUUCAAAACAGUUUGGGAAUAUUCUUAUCCUCAGUGGGGAUGUUAAUCUGGCAGAGAGUGACCUGGCAUAUACUCAAGCCAUAAUGGGCAGCGGAAAGGAAGACUACACUGGGAAAGAAGUCUUAAUUUUAGGAGGUGGUGAUGGAGGUAUACUGUAUGAGAUAGUCAAACUGAAGCCAAAGAUGGUUACUAUGGUAGAGAUUGACCAAAUGGUGAUCGACGGGUGUAAAAAAUACAUGCGUAAAACAUGUGGAGAUGUCUUAGACAAUCUGAAAGGAGAGUGCUAUCAGGUUCUAAUUGAAGACUGUAUUCCUGUACUGAAGAGGUAUGCCAAAGAAGGAAGGAUGUUUGAUUAUGUAAUUAAUGAUCUGACGGCUGUUCCAAUCUCCACAUCUCCAGAAGAAGAUUCCACAUGGGAAUUUCUGCGGUUGAUUCUUGACCUCUCAAUGAAAGUCCUGAAACAAGACGGAAAAUACUUCACACAGGGAAACUGUAUCAAUCUGACGGAUGCCUUGACUCUGUACGAAGAACAGCUUAGCAGGCUUUAUUGUCCUGUGGAGUUUUCAAAAGAAACUGUGUGCGUUCCCUCCUACAUGGAAUUAUGGGUAUUCUACACUAUUUGGAAGAAACAAACUGACAUCUGAACAUCAAGAUUAUUUGAGAUUAUCCUAAAUGUACAUGCUGCAUGGAGCAUAUAGGCCUGCUACGUGCUGCAUAUUGGCAUCUUGAACCUUUAAAUUAUACGCUGUAGAUGAUCCUGAAACUUAGUCAUGCUAUUGAUUGUGAAUUCUUUAAAUGUUUUUUAUUAUUAUUUUAAUUUAAAAGCAAAUGGAAAAUGUAUAUUUUGAUGAGCUAGGGUGUUAUUUUUGAAAGUCAACUUAAAGAUGAAUUAGCAGCAAAACUAUAUAGCUGCUGAAUGCACUGAACCUUUAGAAUGUGAUCCUUUUUAUUUUUUUGUAGAUCUUCACAAGCUGAUUGAUUAAAAAAGACAUCUUUAGCAUUUCAUCCCUGAAGGGUUGUCCAUGGAGUUUCUUUUGGGUUGGUUUUUUUUUGCUUUGUUCUCCACCAGACUUUUAUCUAUGGUGCUUUUUAAGGAUGGAGGGAGUUUUGUUUGAUUUUUUUUUAAAUGAACACCACAGUGCUUCCAUAUAGAGAAGGGCAUAACUUAAAAAAAAAAAAAAGGGGGGGGGGGAUCUUCUAAAAGGAUACCCCAAAUCCUUCAUUUCAUUGCAAAGGGAAGAAAGAAAGUCUUAAUUUUUAUUUACUCCCGUUUCAUUUAUCAUUGCGGUAAUGUCUUCUGCAGGAGAGGAAUCUUUGACCUUUCACCUCAUGGAAUUCUUUAGCUGCUGCCACUCUGAUUAUUUGGAUUUUGAUAUGGAUUUAACAGUAGGUUAUAGAGGCACUUUGAACUCUAUCAGCAUGAAAAUUAAAGCUGGUUUUCCAUCCCACCACAGUGCAAGAAAUCGAGUGUAAUGAGGUUCUUGUGGGCAUACACUCCUCAGCCUUAUGGGAAGCACUGGGUUCUCGAAGAAGGAAGGGUUGCUUUAGAGGGCAAAGGAACGUGGGUGUGAUCUAGAUUCACGUGCACCAGUACUGAAUGCUUGAAAUAUUGAAUGUAUAUAUACUUCAGUAGGGCAAGUCCUGGUCGUGUUGCCCUAGAUCGAUCAUGUUGUGUGUGCCUCUUGCUGAAUUAGAUUCACUUCAGUGUAAAAAUCAAUGGAAGCUAGGUUGCGUUGGAGUUUUGUUCUGAAAGAUAAAGCAUUUUUCUUUAACUGUUUGUCAUGUUGUCUGAAAAGUUAUAUUUUUCUAACAAUGUUCUACGUACUUGCUAAAUCUUUGCUUUCAGUGUUUAAAAGAUCCCACCACUUCAAAGGAGGUAGGAAGGCCAUAACCAUUCUGUGCAUUUCUGUAUGUUUCCAAGAUAGAAUAAAAAGUGCACUAUUUCCCUAAACAGUCAAAUCCUGAACCAUGACGAUUUUUUUUUCCUUCAGCACCUAGUAUCAACAUUUUCUCAGUUUUAUUGGAGGAAGGUGAUCACCUCCCUCCCCCAAGAUACUGCUAAUGAAAGCAAAACAAACAAACAAAAGCAGCACUCCUGAGAUCUGUAUUCUUAAAUCAUACGUAAAGAAAAAUUUUCCUGCGUCCCAUAUAUGUAAACUGUUCAUGAAAUCUGAGUAGCCUAUGUAGAAUUCCAGAGUGAUACUGGAAAACUUGCAAAAAUUUGCUCUUGAUUUGGUAAUUAUUUUUGUAUUGUACAGUUGUGCUGUUAAAAUGCUUUCAGUUUGGAGAGCCGAUAGAAGUAUUCUUCAGUCAUUGUUUUAAAUUAUUGCAGUUAAUGUUGAUUCUUUAAUAUACAUGGCAGACAGUUUUUUCCAUGGCCUAUAGCUGGUGCAUCCUAAAUACUGUCAAAGAGCAGAGCCUCUCUCUAAACAGGAGAGAAGUGUCUUGCAUUUCCCUGAGUAUUUAGCCCUUGAUAUUAUUGCCUAUGACCUAGUAGUGACCCGUCAUUUAUGAUACAGGACUGCAAUCAGUACAUUGUAUAGCUGCGAAUGAACGCAGGUGUCCUAUAAAGAGUUAGGUGUAUCCUUAACUUUGCAAGCAUGAAUAUUCCCAUUGAUUCCUAGUAUGAUUACUCGUGUAGGUGAAAUUAAGCACACAGGCAUUCACUGGGACGGGGCUUACGGCAUAUGUGUUCCUGAGUGAGAUUGAUAGAUAUAGAAAUCGGCCACAAGAAGUGGGGGCAGUUGUUUUUUAGCGAAGAAACUUAGGAACUGGAAGAUGACAUAAUGUGCUUGCUGUACCAAGGCUAGCACUUUUCUUUAGCAUUGCUGCGCAAGGCUGCCUGAGCACAGAGAUGUUUGGGUGUGCGGGGAUGUUCUAUAAUCGGUUCCCGGAAUAACCAGGGACCUGAAUUACUUAUCGAUAGGUGCGAGGCAGCAGUGCUUGCAAGUCCUUCUUUUUCAACUGAUAUAGUAUAAAGAGAGUUGGAGGAAUUAUUUUUUUCUCUUUAAACUUUUUUUUUAAUGUAGAUUUUUUUUAAAAAAAACUGAUAGAUGCAGUAUAAAGAAAUUCAGCAAACACUGAAUGUUAUCUUUAUAUUUUUUUAAGUUGCUGAAUUGAUUCUGAGCAAAUAUAUACACACUGUCAGUCUUUAUUUAUUUGUUGCUGUAGCGUAGACUUUUUUUCUUUAAAAGGACAACAAGCCUCUUUGUGUUAGAAUUUUCAGAUGCAAACUGCUAUAGCUGAUGAGUUUUCCAUGUUUAAGGCCAGUUGGGAAUUAGCUGUGAUUGCUGCGCUAUGUAUGCAAACAGUUCCCAAGAUAUGGUUAAUACUAGGGUUUUGUUAAUUAUUCUUUGCACUAAAUGCUGCGUCCACCUAGAAAUGUGAUUUCAGUAUUCAAAAACUUGACUGGUAGUAGUUUGUGCAAAGAGAAGACUGCUGGCGUUGUAUCUACUGCAUCGGUGCAGUGCACGUGUUAAAAUAAAGGUACACUAUUAUUA